AAAACACAAGAUGGUACCACACCACACCAAGUCACUAACAUACGAUUUGCCCUUUGUCUCAGCUGAUUCAAUAUUUCAAUGGCUCAUUUUUCCGUAGCAGCAGCAGUGACUUUCCUUAACCCUAAUUCAAAAAAUCAUCACCUUAACUGUCACAAUAACUGCCGUUUAUUCGCGCCAAUUCUCUCACCUCACCACUUCAAACCCUUUUCUCUUUCCCCAUCAUCGCCAUUCAGACUAUACUGCAGAGGCACAGAUGAUGAUUCUCUCAAUUCCAUGUCCAUGGCUGCUGCUUACUCCAUCCUUGGAGUUCAACCUGAUUGCUCUGCUGCCCAACUCAAGGCUUCUUUUAGAGCCAAAGUGAAGGAAUUUCAUCCAGAUGUAAGGAGUAAUCAAGCCGAUUCCGAUUUGAUGAUUCGCCGCGUGAUUCAAGCAUACGAGAUUCUCUCCAAUAUUAGCAGGUCAGAGAUUAUUGAGAGUGAAUGUUUGGAUCCUUUUGACAAUCCAGAAUGCGAAGCAUUUGAUAUUUUUGUCAAUGAAGUUUUGUGUGUUGGCAAAGGAUGUCCAUAUUCAUGUGUCCAGCAGGCUCCUCAUGCUUUUAACUUUUCUUCACUGGGAAGUGCACGAGCAACUUCUCAAGGACAUGCUGAUGAUUACAAGGUUCAGCUGGCUGUAGGUCAGUGUCCCCAAAAUUGCAUUCAUUAUGUCACACCUUCUCAGAGAAUCAUAUUGGAGGAGCUCCUUGAUAGCAUUCUGGAAAAACCUUAUGAUACCUCAGCUGAAGCAGAAUUGCUUUAUUCUCUCAUUGUCAAAGCCAAGUACGAGAACAACCGAUACCAGAAACCAAAGAAGCAGCCUAAAACAUCUGCAAAACAUGUGGACUGGUUUUGAAUUGGGUUUUCAGUAUAGUAUAUAUAUAAGGACAGAGCAAAAUUAAUCCCAAUUUCCUCAAGGCUGGAGAUUUUCCUUGAAAUGUGGUUUCAAGAUCUGGUGGGCGAGCUCGAGAAUGAUCUUGUGUGCCUGUUCGUUUAUGUUGGGAAGAUGCUGAAAAGAGUGAAUUUGUGGCAGAGAUAAAAAAUACACCCGGUUAUCCUGUAAAAUACUUCAUCAUCAUCCUUAUUCCAAAUACAUCUGGCCCAUAAAAGCUACGAUCAAGGUCCGGAGAGGAUUGUAAUAUACUUCAUAUAGUGAGUACAAAGGUUUUAUAUGGUGUAGUAGCUGACUUGCUGUUACUUUGAUGUCAUAGCUGUAUAUUUUGUGAACUUAAACAUAGAAUGUUCUCCCUGUAAUUAUCAUCAUCAUACUCAGAAAAUCCAGCAUACCAUAAGGGUCUAGGGUUGAAGACAUCAAGACAAACAAUUGAUACUCAUACCCCUCCAAAGAAAAAGGUAGAAGAAAUUUGAUAUACAGACAAUAAAAAGAGGGUCUUGCAAUAUAAACGGUGCGUCGUAUGCAUUAGACAGCUAUUUGCAAUGUUAGUUCUAUUUCAUUGAAUUUCUUUGGCAAGCUUUUAGUUUAAACGACACAUAUAGAGCCUCAGACUUCAUAUAUUUUGCAGUAUUUCCAAUAAGCCAAAAAGUUGUUUUUAGUUUGGUCACUUUUUAUAAUUUUUAUUUAUAUUAUUAAUAUUAAUAAUACCGUAGUAAUACGUAAUAUAUUACUCCCUUCUAUUCACUA